AUGGGUCUGGACCCUUUCACUGGAGUCAUCAAGUGGACAAAGAUAUGGUGGACCAAUCGUAACCCAAUCCUGAUCUGCAGCUACUACUUGGAUGUCAUCAAGGCUGCAGGAGCCCUUGCCGAUGAAAUUAUGAAGAAAAUGGGUUUGCCUGAGGUUGUACAGGAGUGUGUCUGGGAGAUUUAUAUGGAACUGCUCAGCAGGUUUCAUGGUCAUGGCAUAGUGGGCCACCCUGAAUGGACUGCUUGUGUUUUGUUGGGUCCCAGCAAGGGUGACGAUGCUGAAGACGAUGACGACAUAGACAUGCCAGAUGAACCCAUCUCUGCUGAGCAGGCCCUUGCAGAGAAUCCCCUGUUCCAGUACUAUGGUGGCAUUAAUGGAGGCAUGAGACUGAUGGCAGAAGAAUGGGAGUCACAGCCUGAGGAAGUCGAAGAGUAUGACAUCAAAGAAGAGGGAAGGCCAGAUGUCCCUGAUGGAGAAGAAAUAGAGAAUGAACCAUUUGGGAAAGCACUAUGCUGGGAGGAAGAGAUCAAGGAGGAUUAUGAGGGUGGACCUGAAGACCCAAGUGCUCCCAUGACAUUCUUGCUCCCUCCGGGAGAGUUCACAGCCUGUCUGUAA